AGGCGGGGCCGGCGUGAGACAGAAGGAGGAGGAGAAGGAGGCGGCUGAGGCGGCAUGGAGAGGUCUUGGGCGAGCAUCAACGCCGCCGGCCGGGGCUGGUAUGUCUCCGCGCGGCCGGAGCAGGGAGAGGAGACGGAGGAGGAGGAGGAGAAGGCGCUAGAGGAGUCGAGCCCUUUGCUCCGCAGCGGGCCCCAAAGUGACGAAUACUCAGGAGUUUCUUUUAGUUUCUCAGUGUUUAACUUAAUGAAUGCCAUCAUGGGAAGUAGCAUCCUUGGUCUAGCCUACAUUAUGGCCAAUACAGGUAUUAUUGUAUUUAGUGUCAUGCUGCUGAUGGUUGCUAUUCUGGCUUCUUACUCAGUUCAUCUUCUUCUUACUAUGUGUAUUCAGACAGCUGUCACAUCUUAUGAAGACCUUGGUCUUUUUGCAUUUGGGUCACUUGGAAAGGUGGCUGUGGCAAGUACGAUAGUUAUUCAGAAUAUUGGAGCUAUGUCAACUUAUCUUUUAAUAAUUAAAACUGAACUUCCUGGUGCAAUUUCGCAAUUUCUAACUGGCGACUGUAGUGGGUCUUGGUAUCUUGAUGGAAGAAUAUUGCUGGUAAUUAUAUGUGUCUGCAUUGUUUUCCCCCUUGCACUUCUUCCUAAGUUAGGCUUUCUUGGCUACACAAGUAGUUUAUCAUUUUUCUUUAAGGCGUUCUUUGCUUUUGUGGUUAUAGUGAAAAAAUGGUCCAUCCCUUGUCCACUGACACUCAAUCAUGGAGAGGAAUUCUUCCAGAUUUCAGAUAUCACAGAGGAGUGUAAACCAAAGCUUUUUCACUUCUCCAAAGAGAGUGCUUAUGCCAUUCCAAGUAUGGCAUUUUCAUUUCUCUGCCAUACUUCAAUAUUGCCUGUAUACUGUGAGCUUCGAAGACCUUCUAAGAGCCGAAUGCAGAAUGUAACCAACACAGGCAUUGCUUUAAGUUUUCUCAUUUAUUUUAUAUCAGCAUUGUUUGGGUACCUCACUUUUUAUGAAAAAGUGGAGUCCGAAAUACUGCAAGGUUAUAGCAAAUACUUGCCAGGUGAUGCUGUUGUCAUGGCUGUGAAGUUAUGCAUACUGUUUGCUGUGCUCUUGACAGUCCCUCUAAUCCACUUCCCUGCAAGGAAAGCAAUAAUCAUGGCAUUUUUUCCUAAUCGCCUAUUCUCGUGGCUUCAUCAUUUUUUGGUCACUUUAGCACUCAAUAUUGUCGUUGUUUUACUUGCACUGUAUGUUCCUGACAUUAGAAAUAUAUUUGGCAUAGUUGGUGCCAGUACAUCAACAUGUUUGAUUUUUGUGUUCCCAGGAUUAUUUUAUCUUAAACUCAGUAGAGAGGAUUUUAUAUCACAGAAGAAACUUGGGGCUUCUGUAUUGUUUCUCUUUGGAAUUCUUGUUGGGACUUUGAGUUUUGCACUAAUAAUUUUUGAAUGGAUUAAUAAAUAAAAGAAUAAUUAUCUUUAA